AUGACUGACGGGCAGGUGAUAAAGCGUGCAAGGUAUAAAUCGUCAGUCAAGGACUUUGGAGUUCCUAGUGUUCUGAAAAUGACUCGGGAGAGGUUUUUUUUUAUGCCAAAUGAUCCGAAAUCAUCUGCAAGGCUUAAUGUAGAGUUUAGAUUGGUUAAAGGUCACAAAUUUACCAAGGAGGGUUCCAACAAACAGGCCCUGCUUAAUCUCACAGUGGAUCAGGGAGGAAAUUACAUUUUUGAAUUUGACACUUUUUCUGAUCGUGAUGCUUGUCGUGAAUAUGUUGCAACAGCUAUUGCAGUAUCCGGAGAAGCUGGAAGAGCUGGUUCUGAGAGAUCAGCUGCUCCACUUCAAGAUGAACAACUUAGCCAUGCAGAGAUGGAGCGUCGGAUUAGACUACUGCAGGAGGAUAGUGAGUUGCAGAAACUUCAUAAGCAGUUAGUGAUUGGAGGUGUCCUAUCAGAGGCUGAAUUUUGGGCAACAAGAAAGAAGUUGCUGGAUGAGAAUGCCAGCAGAAAAUCAAAACAACAGGUGGGGUUGAGAAAUGACAUGUUCCAUGUCAAACCAUCUUCUGAUGGUUCGUCUAACAAAGUUACUUUUAAUUUGACACCCGAGAUUAUUCACCAGAUUUUUGCUGAGAAACCGGCUGUACGCCAGACAUUUCUAAAUUUUGUUCCAAGCAAGAUGACAGAAAAAGAGUUCUGGACGAAAUAUUCAAGAGCAGAAUACUUGCACAGUACGAAAAAUGUUGUUGUGGCUGCAGAAGAUGAUAAGCAAGAUGACAUGGCAGCAAGUGAAGCUCGGCGGAAAGUGCUCUAG